UCCUCUAGGCCCCUUUCCAUCGGUCGUCACUCCAUUGUGUUGGAUCCCCCUCCGUGCCUAGGUCGCUGUUCCCCAGGCCAGAAGAAGUGUUGAUUAGUUAAUUACCCGAUUGGACGCAUCGUCGACCCGUUGACUUGCUUGUUUGCUUGCUUGCUUGCUUCUACCACCAGCCAUGACUGAAGUCUCGUCCACCCGACUUUACCUCGGGAACCUCCCCCGCAAUGUGACCAAACAGGAUAUCGAAGAACAUUUCAGCACCCAUGGGUCUGGAAAGAUCACGGAGAUCAAGCUCAUGAACGGCUUCGGCUUCAUCGAGUACGAGGAUGCGAUGGAUGCCAGAGAUGUUGUUCCCGCCUUCCAUGGCAGUGAUUUCAAAGGCGAGCGUCUCACCGUGCAAUUUGCCCGUGGGCCCCGCCGCAAGGAGAACUUCCCUGGCCCAAUGGAUCGUCCUAACAUGCCUCGGCCCCGUCGCACGAUCUUUCGCAUGUUGGUUUCUGGACUCCCGGAAACAAGUUGGCAGGAUCUCAAAGACUUCGCACGUCAGUCUGGCCUGGACGUGGUUUACUCUGAAACUGGCCGCGAGCUUGGCAGAGGGUUCGUUGAGUUUGAGACCGCGAAUGACCUGAAGACGGCCAUCGAGAAACUCGAUCAACGCGAGUUCAAAGGCUCCCGUGUGACCUGCAUUGCCGAUAUCCAGACUCAUCCGGAUGAGCGUGCCAUCCGGGAUCCCUACCGGGCUCGGUCCCCCCGUCGGAGCUACCCCCCUAUGGAAGAGUACGACCGACGCUUCCCGGCCCCGCGCGGUUACAGUCCGCGGGCCCAUUACCGGGAACGGUCCCCCAUCCCCGUCCGCCGCGACUACUAUGAACGGGAUGGAUAUGGACGCCGGACUCCCCCCCGCCCUCGGAUUGAAGACUACCCCCCUCCGCGUCGCCCCUAUGAGGACCCGUAUGAUGUCCGGGCGCCCCCCCCUCCGCGCCAUUAUGAGGACCCAUACGCCCCUCCCAGGCCUUAUGGACGUCCCCGGAGCCCCCCGCGAGGCGAGUACAUGCCUUAUGACCGCCGCGCGUACUGGUAGAGUCUCCUGGCAUGGGUUGUUCAGCUGUAUUCCAAUCAGCG